GGUUUGGGGGAGGAGAUCCGCUCACACACAAGAGGAGAGUGUUGAGCCGCCAUAUCUGCUGCUGCCGCCGCAGUUGCGAAUGCAGCAUCGGCGCUUAGCUGCCUCCGCGGUGCCGCUAAGGUUCGUGUCGCUAUCCCUUGGCCCUUCGCUCUUGCUGCCUUAACCCCGCCGGCGGAGCCCGCUCUUUCUGGUCUGUUAAGCCUGCUCCCUCACUGCCACACAGCAAGUUCUGAGACCAUGGAUUCGGGCAGCAGCAGCAGCGACUCGGCACCCGAUUGCUGGGACCAGGUGGACAUGGAAGCCCCGGGGUCGGCCCCGAGCGGGGAUGGAGUCUCCUCUGCGGUGGCCGAGGCCCAGCGCGAGCCCCUCAGCUCGGCCUUCAGCCGUCAGCUCAACGUCAACGCCAAGCCCUUCGUGCCUAACGUACACGCCGCGGAGUUCGUGCCGUCCUUCCUGCGGGGCCCGACUCAGCCGCCCACCCUCCCGGCCGGUUCCGGCAGCAACGAUGAAACCUGCACCGGCGCGGGAUACCCUCAAGGUAAAAGGAUGGGACGGGGGGCACCUGUGGAACCUUCCCGAGAGGAACCGUUAGUGUCGCUUGAAGGUUCCAAUUCAGCCGUUACCAUGGAACUUUCAGAACCUGUUGUAGAAAAUGGAGAGGUGGAAAUGGCCCUAGAAGAAUCAUGGGAGCACAGUAAAGAAGUAAGUGAAGCCGAGCCUGGGGGUGGUUCCUCGGGAGAUUCGGGGCCCCCAGAAGAAAGUGGCCAGGAAAUGAUGGAGGAAAAAGAGGAAAUAAGAAAAUCCAAAUAUGUGAUUGUACCCUCAGGUGCUCCUAAGAAAGAACACGUAAAUGUAGUAUUCAUUGGCCAUGUAGACGCUGGCAAGUCAACCAUCGGAGGACAGAUAAUGUUUUUGACUGGAAUGGUUGACAAAAGAACACUGGAGAAAUAUGAAAGAGAAGCUAAGGAGAAAAACAGAGAAACAUGGUAUUUGUCCUGGGCCUUAGAUACAAAUCAGGAAGAACGAGACAAGGGUAAAACAGUCGAAGUGGGUCGUGCUUAUUUUGAAACAGAAAGGAAACAUUUCACAAUUUUAGAUGCCCCUGGCCACAAGAGUUUUGUCCCAAAUAUGAUCGGUGGUGCUUCUCAAGCUGAUUUGGCUGUGCUGGUCAUCUCUGCCAGGAAAGGAGAGUUUGAAACUGGAUUUGAAAAAGGUGGACAGACAAGAGAACAUGCGAUGUUGGCAAAAACGGCAGGGGUAAAACAUUUAAUAGUGCUUAUUAAUAAGAUGGAUGAUCCCACAGUAAAUUGGAGCAUCGAGAGAUAUGAAGAAUGUAAAGAAAAACUGGUACCCUUUUUGAAAAAAGUCGGCUUCAGUCCAAAAAAGGACAUUCACUUUAUGCCCUGCUCAGGACUGACCGGAGCAAAUAUUAAAGAGCAAUCAGAUUUCUGCCCUUGGUACACUGGAUUACCAUUUAUUCCGUAUUUGGAUAACUUGCCAAACUUCAACAGAUCAAUUGAUGGACCAAUAAGACUGCCAAUUGUGGAUAAGUACAAGGAUAUGGGCACUGUGGUCCUGGGAAAGCUGGAAUCUGGGUCCAUUUUUAAAGGCCAGCAGCUUGUGAUGAUGCCAAACAAGCACAAUGUAGAAGUUCUUGGAAUACUUUCUGAUGAUACUGAAACUGAUUUUGUAGCCCCAGGUGAAAACCUCAAAAUCAGAUUGAAGGGAAUUGAAGAAGAAGAGAUUCUUCCAGGAUUCAUACUUUGUGAUCCUAGUAACCUCUGCCAUUCUGGACGCACGUUUGAUGUUCAGAUAGUGAUUAUUGAGCACAAAUCCAUCAUCUGCCCAGGUUAUAAUGCGGUGCUGCACAUUCAUACUUGUAUUGAGGAAGUUGAGAUAACAGCCUUAAUCUCCUUGGUAGACAAAAAAUCAGGAGAAAAAAGUAAGACACGACCCCGCUUCGUGAAGCAAGAUCAAGUAUGCAUUGCUCGUUUAAGGACAGCAGGAACCAUCUGCCUCGAGACGUUCAAAGAUUUUCCUCAGAUGGGUCGUUUUACUUUAAGAGAUGAGGGUAAGACCAUUGCAAUUGGAAAAGUUCUGAAACUGGUCCCAGAGAAGGACUAAGCAAUUUUCUUGAUGCCUCUGCAAGAUACUGUGAGAAGAAUUGACAGCAGAAGUUCACCACCUACUCUUAUUUACUGCCCAUUGACUGACUUUUCUUCAUAUUUUGCAAAGAGAAAUUUCACAGCAAAAAUUCAUAUUUUGUCAGCUUUCUCAUGUUGAGAUCUCAGUUAUGUCACUGAUGAAUUUACCCUCAAGUUUCCUUCCUCUGUACCACUCUGCUUCCUUGGACAAUAUCAGUAAUAGCUUUGUAAGUGAUGUGGACGUAAUUGCCUAUAAUAAUGAAAAAUUAAUGUACUUUAAUUUUUCAUUUUCUUUUAGGAUAUUUAGACCACCCUUGUUCCACGCAGACCAGAGUGUGUCAGUGUUUGUGUGUAUGUUAAAAUGAUAACUAACAUAUGAAUAAAAUACUCCAUUUGAAACUC